UUGACACUUAUACGGAAUAAGUAUUCUAUUCGCGCCAUCAUAGCUCGAUAGCUACUAUAAUCUUAAUACGAAGAAUAAAAAUGACAAAAACUGAUCAUGCUACUGUUAUACCUUGGGUACUAGCAUCUAUUGCUAAAGUUAAAGGGCAAAAGCAGCAACCAAAUGAAGAAAGAAUAUGUUUAGUGUUAUUGCAGUCCUAUGGGCUAAACAAAGAAGAAGGUCUUGAACAUCUUUUAAAAUGUGUUGAAGAAGGUCAUGUUGUUGUGCAAGAAGCUAAAAACGGGAAGAAUUCAUAUCGAAAUGCAAAAAGUGUUGCUGCUGCUGCAAUUGGAAAAAAAUCUCCUGGUGUAAACUAUUUCCAAUUAAAAAAGUGCAUAGAUGAAGUUAUAUCACGCUCACCACGGGAAGAAGGUAUUACUAUAGAAGAAAUUGAGAGUGAAAUAAGAUGUUCAAAGGCAGAUCUUUUAGAUUUAGAGCAUCCUGAUUUUCAUCAACAAUUUAGGCAGCUCAUCAAAAAUGGAAUGACAAAACAUCGAUAUAUUAAAGAGGGAAAGUUCUAUAAAAUGGCUACAUUUUCUUCUAUGAAGGCUAAAGUGAAUAAAUUAUCAGAUGCUGAUCUUAAAGAAGGAAUAACUCCAGAGGAAAGAGAUGCAUUAAAAGAGAUUUGUGGAUUUUGUAAAGGAGAUAAGUUAAAGAAUAAAUAUGACGAAGAGGAGGAUCUUUUAGUUUGUGAUGAAUGUGGAAAUAGCGGUCAUCCAUCUUGCAUGCAGUAUUCAAAAGAACUCACUGCUCGUGUACGUCAAGAGCCAUGGCAGUGUAUGGAAUGCAAAAAAUGUAAUAUAUGUAAAGAUCAAGGUGAAGCAGCCAAUUUACUUUUCUGUGAUGCAUGUGAUAAAGGUUAUCACAUGGCAUGCUUGGAUCCUCCUCUUGAUGAUAUGCCAAUAGGAACAUGGAUCUGUGAUAACUGCUUAUCAGAAAGAAAUGGAAAACGCCGAAGAAUAUCUAGCUCUGUUCCAGCUUCCCUUCUUCUUUCAACACCCGAUGUAAAAUGGAAAAGCAAAGGUGCAAGUAAACGUAAAGGAGGAGGCAUUGGAAAAGAUGAGAGUGAUGAAGAAGCUGUAAAAGGAUGUACUACACCAGGAUGCACAGGUGCUGGGCAUUCCCUAGGGAAGUAUGACAGUCACAGAUCAGUUCAAUUCUGUCCUUUGGUUCAAAGUGAAAAAAAGUCUAGAAAACUUGAUGCUGUUGAUCAGGGAUAUGUCGCUCCUCAGCCAAAAUUGCCAGGAGUAACAGAAAAAGAUGAGGAAAUGUUUAGAAAUGCUCAAGAAAAAGCUAAUUCAUAUGUGACAGCAAACAAUGAGCCUGUUUCAUCAAUAAAUAAUGUGAGAUGUCCACCAAAAAUUGAAUUUGGAAAAUAUGAAAUAGAAACAUGGUACUCAUCCCCAUACCCUCAAGAAUAUGCCAGUGCUCCUAAACUCUAUUUAUGCGAGUUUUGUUUAAAGUACAUGAAAACAAGAACAAUUUUAAAGAGGCAUUUAAUGAAAUGUCAUUGGAGUCACCCUCCAGCCGAUGAAAUUUAUAAAAAAGAUAAUCUGUCAGUUUUUGAAGUUGACGGUGCAGUGAGCAAGAUAUAUUGUCAAAACUUAUGCUUACUAGCUAAACUCUUUCUUGAUCAUAAAACGUUAUAUUAUGAUGUUGAACCAUUUCUAUUUUAUGUUUUAACUAAAAAUGAUAAUACUGGUAGCCAUCUUGUUGGUUAUUUUUCAAAGGAAAAAGCUUGUCAACAAAAGUAUAAUGUCUCUUGCAUCAUGACAAUGCCUCAAUAUCAGCGACAAGGUUAUGGGCGCUUUCUAAUAGAUUUUAGUUAUUUUUUAUCAAGAAAAGAAGGUCAACCUGGUUCCCCAGAAAAACCUUUAAGUGAUCUUGGGCUGAUAACAUAUAGAAAUUACUGGAAAUCAGUUAUAGCAGAGUAUCUGCACGAGCGAAUGUACGAAAAAGCUGUAACAAUCAAAACGAUAAGUGAAGCUACAGGUAUGGAUCCACACGACAUAGCUGCAACUCUUCAGCAAUUAAAUGUCGUACAACUACGCAAUGGAAAAGUUACUAUAGUGAUAAACGAACGUGUGAUGAGUGAGCAUAUGGAGAAGGUUAAACAGCAGAAGAGAAUUCCAAUCGAUGAAGAAGCUCUUCGUUGGACACCUUUAGUUCAUUCUAAUACUUCACAUAACUUGAAAGAUGAAACUAUGUCGUCAGAAGAAGACAAUACGGACGCUGAUGGUGAUAAUGAUAAAAAAUCAGACGAUAGCAAAGCAGAAAAUAUGUCUAACAACUCUGAAACAACGUCGUGUGAUACUACGAAAGCACCACUUUUUUCUAUCUCUAGUAGUGACAAUCAAAUAGACGAUUCUGGGGCUAAACAGACCGACCAACAAGUAAAAGUUAUACAAAACAAUGAUAUCAAUGGUUCUAACUCUGAGUUGUUAAACCAUGAAUCAAAACCUGCUUUAAUAAGUGAUCUCGUUCAUACUUCUGAUGAGAAACCACAUACAAUUCCUUCCGAUGAACGCUGCAUUUCCUAAUUUUUAGGUGCGUUAUGCUCUAUUUCUCUUAUAUUAUCGAGAGCGAUCUGCGAGUAAGCAUGUUCGGACUUUUUAUUUGUAUCAAUCACUCCUUUAGAAAGCCAAUAAUUUUUACUGCUUCUUGUACGAUAUACUUGUAAAGUGUAAGUUUAAAAUUUUAAAUUUCAUAA